UUCUGUGUGGGUUCCUGAUUCUCUGUGGGUUCUUUCCUGCAGAGGACAAUUCUCUUCCUGUCCCAGCCUAAGCUUGGGGGACUGAGCCCAGGGCUCCAGUGGCUUGUGCCUCAGCCUCAUGGGUGGAAUGUGCCUGCUACCCCCAGGCUAGAUGAGGGGGCUAAGGGUCAGGGUGGGCAUUUGUUGCACCCCUUUAUGACCUUUGUAGGCCAGAGUUGGGUGAGGGGCUGGACAAUGAGCCUCCUCUUCCUUGAAAGAAGGAAUUUUGGUGGAGACAAUAGGGCCCUGUCUGCUCUGGCUUGGGGGGCGGUGGCAGACUCAACUCGCCCCCACCCCAGGCCCUAACAAAUGUCAUCAAGGAAUGGGGGGCAAUUUCCCCAUAAGGCAUUGGGCACCUCCCCGCCCCCCUCUUCCUUUCUUUCUUCAGCUGAUCUUGCCUCUUCUCCCAUGACCUGACCCUGCUUUCCUCUGCCAGCUCUGUCUCUCUCCCUGCCCCCACUUCUCCCCCAGCCUGUGUUGGGUUGAGGGGUGUGGCAAGGGCCAGGGGGACCAGUGGUGUCAUAGAGCCAGUGGCCUCUGCCGAUUUGGGGAGUGUAGGAAGAAGGAGCCUCGGAGUUGGAAAUUUACUUCUGGGGGCCCUUUGCUGGGGCGGUUGUGAGCGUUGUGGGACUUGGAUCCCACUGAGCAGUUAGAGCAGGAGCUAUGGAGGACGCUUGUGGGAGGGGGCGGGGAAUGGGAGGAUUGUCUGGCCCAGCCCCUUCUCUCCUUCCCAGCCUGCCCCACCCACCCACCAGUCUGAGCUGCUGCUGCUGAGGCUGGUCUGCUGGAGUCUCCGGAGGAAAAGACAGAGCGCACUAUCAGACUGCUCUUGGAGGGGCUGGUGCUGUAGCAGUCACAGGAGAGGGGAAGGACCUCCGUUAACCUCUUCUUGCCAGCAGCCUGCAGUUUGGAGUCAAGGAGAAUCAUGGCGUCCAGGGAUGAGCUGUACAAUCUCUUAGGUGGACUCUCAUCCCUCCUGCUGCUGAUGUCAGUCCAGGGGGCCAAGGGUGGAUCCCUCAAAGAGAGUCAGGGGGUCUGCUCCAAGCAUAUGCUGGUGGUCCCCCUCCAUUACAACGAGUCCUACAGCCAACCAGUGUAUAAGCCCUACCUGACCAUGUGCAAUGGAAGGCGCAUCUGCAGCACCUACAGGACCACAUAUCGAGUGGCAUGGAGGGAGGUGAAGAGGGAGGUGCAGCAGACCCAUGUUGUGUGCUGCCAAGGCUGGAAGAAGCGGCAUCCAGGGGCGCUCACCUGUGAUGAAGCCAUCUGCGCCAAGCCCUGUCUGAACCGAGGUGUCUGCGUCAGGCCAGAGCAGUGCCAGUGCGCCCCAGGCUGGGGUGGGAAGCACUGUCACGUGGACGUGGAUGAAUGUAGGACUGGCGUCACCCUCUGCUCACACCAUUGCCUCAACACGGCAGGCAGCUUCACCUGUGGUUGUCCCCAAGGUCUGGUGCUGGGCCCAGAUGGGCGCACCUGUGCAGAGGGCAACCUGGAGCCCCCAACUGGCACCAGCGUCCUCAGCGUGGCGGUUCGGGAAGCAGAACAUGAUGAGCACGCCUUGAGGCGGGAGAUUUGGGAGCUGCGGGGGCGCCUGGAGCGACUGGAGCAGUGGGCCCGUCAGGCUGGGGCCUGGGUCCGAGCUGUGCUGCCCAUGCCACCUGAAGAGUUACAGCCAGAACAGGUGGCGGAGCUAUGGGGCUGGAGCGACAGGAUUGAGUCUCUCAGCGACCAGGUGCUGCUGCUGGAGGAGAGGCUAGGUGCCUGCUCCUGUGAGGACAAUAGCCUGGGCCCAGGUCUCAAUCGGCAGCCGAUAAGGAACCUCUCCAGAACCCUGGCCCUCUAAUUUAUACAGAAACUGGCCCUGCUAAUCCUCUGGGAUCAGCCAGCUGGGGAAGUGCAGAUAAGGUUAUCUGGCACCAAGAAGCAAUGAGCGAUGGAAACUUCCAAGAGCUGAAGGCAGGGGGGAGGAUGGGUGCCUUGGGCCCACCCGAGUCUUCUGGCUGGGGCAGGUUGCCUGGGCGAGAACCACUUCAACGCCUUAACAAAUGCAGCCAGAAAGUGCCCAGAUCUCUCUCUCUCUCAAUCUUUAUUCUGUUUCUUGCUGUUAUCCAGAUAAUUAAUAAAAACCAACCACACAAAA